AUGGAGGGCGUGCGGCCCGGCGGGGGGGUCCCCGCGGCCGGCGGGCCGGGCUCGGCGCCCGCCGCCGCCACGGGCUCCUUCCCGUCGCUCUUCCCGCCGGGGCUGCACGGCAUCUACGGCGAGUGCCGCCGCCUGUACCCCGAGCAGCCCAACCCGCUGCAGGUCACCGCCAUCCUCAAGUACUGGCUGGGGGGACCGGAUCCUCUGGACUACGUGAGCAUGUACAGGAACCUGGGGAACCCCGCGCUGAAUGUUCCUGAGCACUGGCACUAUGUCAGCUUUGGGUUAAGUGACUUAUAUGGAGACAACAGAGUACACGAGUUUACCGGARCAGAUGGACCAAGCGGAUUCGGGUUUGAACUGACGUUUCGGCUAAAGAGAGAAACGGGGGAGUCGGCACCACCCACGUGGCCGGCUGAGCUCAUGCAGGGCUUGGCCAGAUACGUCUUCCAGUCAGAAAACACCUUCUGUAGCGGUGACCAUGUAUCGUGGCACAACCCCUUGGACAACAGCGAGUCUAGAAUCCAGCACAUGCUGCUGACAGAAGACCCGCAGAUGCAGCCAGUGCAGACUCCUUUUGGAGUUGUUACUUUCCUACAGAUUGUUGGGGUUUGCACUGAGGAACUGCAUGCUGCUCAGCAGUGGAACGGCCAAGGGAUCUUGGAGCUGCUUCGGACUGUGCCUGUAGCUGGCGGCCCCUGGUUGAUAACAGAUAUGCGAAGAGGAGAGACGAUAUUUGAGAUCGACCCACAUCUGCAACAGGAGCGAGUCGACAAAGGAAUCGAGACAGAUGGCUCCAACYUGAGCGGCGUGAGUGCCAAGUGUGCCUGGGACGAUCUGAGCCGGCCCCCGGAGGACGACGAGGACAGCAGGAGCAUCUGCAUUGGAAGCCAGCCGCGGCGGCUCUCCGGGAAAGAUACGGAGCAAAUCAGGGAGACUUUGCGGAGAGGGCUUGAGAUUAACAGCAAGCCUGUUCUACCUCCAAUAAAUGCACAAAGACAGAAUGGGUUGAACCAUGACCGAGCACCAAGCCGUAAGGACAGUUUAGAAAGCGAGAGCUCAGCAGCGAUCAUUCCUCACGAGCUCAUCCGCACGAGGCAGCUGGAGAGCGUACACCUGAAAUUCAACCAGGAGUCCGGAGCGCUGAUUCCGCUCUGCCUAAGGGGAAGGCUGUUACAUGGACGGCACUUUACAUACAAAAGCAUUACAGGGGAUACAGCAAUCACGUUUGUAUCAACAGGAGUAGAAGGAGCCUUUGCUACAGAAGAGCACCCCUAUGCAGCACAUGGACCUUGGUUACAAAUCCUCUUGACCGAAGAGUUUGUAGAGAGAAUGCUGGAAGACUUGGAAGACCUGAAUUCUCCGGAGGAAUUCAAACUUCCCAAGGAGUACAGCUGGCCUGAAAAGAAACUGAAAGUCUCCAUCUUGCCAGACGCUGUGUUCGACAACCCGCUGCACUAGAGCUGAGCGACACCCUCCUCGCCGCUGGGAGAGCCAAGUUACUGUCCAGUACCCAGUGACUCACCGGAGAAUUAACGCAGGAAAAACUCGGCCUGCGAAUGAAAGGGUUUGCUGCACAACCACUGCAAGCAGGAGAGGAGCCACUCAGCAGCAGCCCGGAGCGAACUGAGCCCUUCCCUUUAGCCUCCCCGGGGCUGAGCUCUCUGGGAACAGCCUGCCUAUGUGUGAGUGCGAGUGAGAAAUAUUUAACUAUGAAAAUUAGCAGUAAGAAUCCUUUCUCUCUCCUAGCUCCAGAACUCCCCUCUGCCUCAGCCCAGGGUGUAGACGCUCUGCACGCCUGUAUUUACACAUGCAUUCUGCCAGGUGCGAGCCUAUAAUCCACGGAUUAAAUGUUCUUUACGUGACUCUGGAGUCCUUUUGUUAGCCAAACUUUUACUGACUGCAGAACUGUUCUUCCAUGUGCUAUUUUUUUUUUCUGCUUUUCAGAAACGGAAUGGUAUUUCCCCUGUUUAAAGGAGGCCAAAAGCUCACAUGCUUGAAGCUGAACAGAUUUAAAGAU